GCCCCGGACGCUUUCGCCCCGGCCGCCGCCCGGGCCGCCUGUGGUGACCAUCCGCCGCGCCGCCCGAGGCUUCACCCGCGCCCUCCCCCAGGGCGCGCCCGCGGAGCUCCGGCCCCAUCGCCUGCUCGCGGAGGCCGCGCCGGGCGGCGGCGAGGCCGGAAGAUGGCCUGGGUGCUCAAGAUGGACGAGGUGAUCGAGUCCGGGCUGGUGCACGACUUCGACGCCAGCCUCUCGGGCAUCGGGCAGGAGCUGGGUGCCGGCGCCUACAGCAUGAGAAGGCAGUUCAUCUUGUUGCCGCAUAGACUGGGGAGACCUCGGGUUGUGAGGCUUUUGACCCAGCUUGUCCAAAUGAUGUCACCAGAGGCUCUUGAUCUCAUCAGGAGAAAGACUUCAAGGACAGACACAACACAGCAGUACAAGCAGGAAAGUUUAUUAAAGCAAAACGAUGUCUUGGCAUUGCCCAUUUUUAAGCAGGAAGAUUCCAGCCUUCCAUUGGACGGUGAGACUAAACACCCACCCUUUCAAUAUGUGAUGUGUGCUGCCACCUCGCCAGCAGUGAAGCUGCACGAUGAGACUCUCACUUACUUGAACCAAGGUCAGUCUUAUGAAAUUCGGAUGCUGGAUAAUCGGAAAAUGGGAGAUAUGCCUGAGAUCACUGGAAAAUUGGUAAAGAGCAUCAUAAGAGUUGUAUUCCAUGACAGACGGCUACAAUAUACAGAGCAUCAGCAACUUGAAGGCUGGAAGUGGAAUCGUCCAGGAGACAGACUUCUCGAUUUAGAUAUUCCAAUGUCUGUGGGAAUAAUUGACACAAGGACAAAUCCAAGCCAGUUAAAUGCAGUUGAAUUUCUGUGGGACCCUGCAAAGCGCACAUCUGCUUUCAUUCAGGUACACUGCAUCAGCACAGAGUUUACUCCCCGGAAGCACGGAGGUGAGAAGGGGGUGCCUUUUAGGAUUCAGGUUGACACCUUUAAGCAGAAUGAGAACGGAGAGUACACGGAUCAUCUCCACUCGGCUAGCUGCCAAAUCAAAGUGUUUAAGCCUAAAGGUGCAGACAGGAAACAAAAAACGGACCGAGAGAAGAUGGAGAAGAGAACGGCUCAUGAGAAAGAAAAGUACCAGCCAUCCUACGACACCACCAUCCUCACCGAGAUGAGGCUUGAGCCUAUAAUUGAAGAUGCAGUUGAACAUGAGCAGAAAAAGUCCAGCAAGCGGACUUUGCCAGCAGACUACGGUGAUUCUCUGGCAAAGCGAGGCAGUUGUUCUCCAUGGCCCGAUACCCCCACAGCCUACGUGAAUAGCAGCCCUUCCACAGCGCCCGCCUUCACGUCCCCCCAGCAGGGCACCUGCAGCGUCCCCGACAGCAAUUCUUCUUCCCCAAACCAUCAGGGAGAUGGAGUUUCACAGGCCUCCAGUGAACAACUUCAACCUUCAGCCACGAUCCAGGAAACACAACAAUGGCUGCUCAAAAACAGAUUUUCUUCCUACACAAGACUGUUUUCCAAUUUUUCAGGUGCCGACUUACUAAAACUGACAAAGGAGGAUUUAGUACAAAUUUGUGGUGCAGCCGAUGGAAUUCGGCUCUAUAAUUCCCUGAAGUCCAGGGCAGGCCCAGAUAUGAUGCAGGCACUGAUGAGGGCAGAGGUAGACUGUAAGACUGUAGAAAUGCACAUGGGCAGUACUGAUUUCUUGAAGACGACUGGGUUUGUUGCCAAGAAAACAAACUUCUCAUUUAGGUCGGUUAGGCCCCGCUUAACCAUCUACGUCUGCCAGGAGCAGCCGAGCAGCCCACCCCUGCAGAGCCAGCAGCCGGCCAGCGGCGGAGGCGACAGUGGCAGUGGGACGCCCUAUGUGUAUCAUGCAAUCUACUUGGAAGAAAUGGUUGCUUCAGAAGUUGCUCGAAAACUUGCAUUGGUGUUUAAUAUUCCUUUCCACCAGAUUAACCAGGUCUACAGACAGGGGCCCACUGGUAUUCACAUUCUUGUUAGCGAUCAGAUGGUUCAGAACUUUCAAGAUGAGAGUUGUUUUUUAUUCUUCACAGUAAAAGCUGAGAACGGUGAUGGUAUCCACAUAGUUUUGAAGUGACGUCGUACUUAGUCUGAACUAUAUUCAGUACCAAAUAAAGUCACGCUUAAAAGUGUGUGAAGACUGAAUCCAAGAAGUCCUGGGAUUGGAUUUUAGUGUAUGAAAUGUUUCAUAUUGAAAACACAAGAUGACCUUUCUAAUGAGCUGUAUGAGAGGCGAAUCUCCUCACUGUCACUGCCAUAGCCAAGCAUCCUCGUGAGCGUGAGCACGUCGGGACAGUGCGCGUGCGGCUCUGGGGGCCAUGUGUUGGCGGGGCUGCCUGCUUCUCUGGCAGAGGCCAGUAGAUACAGUUCCUAGAAGCAGCCUUUGCUGUCUUUUUACACUGUAUGCGGUUUGGAAAUGAAUGUAAAAACGUACUGUGGGCAUUUACCUUUCUGUGCCAGUUUGGCUUUUAUGGCCUGAACCCCCCAGAGCGAGGGUGGGGGACAGUGCUGUCAUGGAGCCGGCACGGAAUCUGUCUGCAGGUGCGAUGUGCCGAGACUGUGAUCACGGGUCAGGUAAGAGGCUUGGCACCUUCUCGGAAGAAAUCAUGUCUAAGGGUGUGUGUGACGGGCUCGUGCCAGAUCGGGGAAGAUCCAAGCCAGGAAGGCAGGCUUGAAGCAAACUGCAUUAUCAAGAGUACCUUGGUGAGAGGAUCAGUGUAAAUCCUAAUAGGUACAAAGACUUUUGUGUUUUUGCUUUGUCCCAGGUUUAUUGAAAAACCUUUUGAUUCUGCUUCCAUUUUUAGCAUUUUGUUUCUGGUUUUCAUUUUUGAACCCCCUUGCCUUUUAAACUCAUGUGGUGUUCCUCCCUUUCUCUGUCCCUCCCCACCCAGCACCAUCCUAUUCUUAAACAUUUUUAAAGCCCUGUCCCAGACAAUGGAAACAGGUGACCUAGGUAGGGGGAAACGUAGGGUCAUUUCUGAUGUGCUUAAGGGGUCUUUGUUAUCAACAAGUUGAAGUUAUUCAUUAUUCACGGCAAAUGAGAUGUCAUAAAUGAAACACUAAAUUGUACUAUAAAAAUUCUCCACACUUCUGAAAUAUAGGAGCUUUAGUAUAAUCAUGGGUAAAUAUUUUGGUGAUUGAGAGGCUUUCUUACACACCACAUAAUAGCUUCUUUUUCUAUAAAAAGGGUGCCUCUUCCAGAAAACCAAAUGCUUGUCUGCCAGUAUACUUCUCAAAGGGAGUCCACUGCUUUUGCAAUUUUCCUGUCUUUUCGCUUCCCUCUGCCCAAAGCCUUCCCCACGCACACUGGCAAGCAUCUGUGAGGCCUGUGGUGUAGCAGACCAGUUCUUUAAACUUCAGUUCCCCUUUAACUAUAGCAUCUCUGACCAGUUACGCAGCUGUCUUGGUUCUGAAUGUGUUAUUUGAAUCUUAUCUUUGUUCCGGCAAAAAUAGGAAUGAGUAAUUUGGGCUUUGAAAUCUCCCAGAAGACAGACUAGUUCAGUGGGUAAAAAGCUUUGACCUUCUGUGUUUUAUUCUUAAAGGGUUAUUGGAUACAGAGAAGCCCAGUCUCUAUUUUCAUCUUCAGUUUGAAAAUAUCUGUAACUCCUGUAGGCCCUAAAAGCAGAGGAACUAUUCCUUUCUGUCAUCUCCCUUUGCUUUCAUAUGAACACAUUUUCUGUUACCAAUCACUUGGGAAAGAAGUGAGCAUAUCUCUUGUUUCAGAGUUUUGCUUGUCUGUUUAGCAUUCCUUUUUGAGUCUCAAGGUAUAUGGAACAAUAAAUGUCAUUUAAGGCUGUGUGCUAUUUUGAAUUCCUCAUCAGGUUUUAGAAGUGGGGUUAAAAACACUUAAAAGCUCAUCAAACUUGAAAUUAUACCAAGCAGCAUUGAACCAUUAGUCUGUCCCAGUGAAGCAGGUUAAAUUAUGGCACCAGCAAAUUUGUUACUUUGUUUUUUUAAUAGUAGGAUGUAUACAUUUCAGUAUAAUAAAUGUUUUCCGAUUGUUUUGCAAA